AUGGCAGACGUAAGAAGAUUGAAGCAGAAUCGAGCUACGAUAAAAGUUGCCGAAGCAAAGGUCAAGUCGACGAAAAUCGAAAGCUUGUGGGAGGCUUUCCAAGAAGUUCAGAAAAAGAUUGACGACGCAAGAUUAGAAGGAAUCGAAGUCGCCGCAGAUGAAGAAGUGCUGCCUACCGCAGAGCAAGAGGCAGAACAACAGAUUUUUGAAAAUAUCUAUUUCGAAGCAGCAACGAAGAUCCAAAUGGUGCUCGAUACAGCACAAGCCGCUAAUCAGGUACAAGCUCAGGUCGCAAGGGCAGAGCCACAAAACAAAGACGGAAGGCGCGGACGGGGCGAACGGCGAAUGGAGGUCAAGCUGCCAACGUUGAAACUUCCCGAGUUCAGUGGUGAAGCGUUUCAGGUAAUCGGAGGCUUGGCCACGACUGCAGCAAACUACGAAAAUGCAUGGGAUCUUCUUCUAAACAAUUAUGAACAUCCGAGGCUUCUAAUUAACACACACUUGAGUCAAUUGCUUGAUUUUCCAGCCGUAUUAAAGGACAAACCAGCAACAAUGCGUCAACUGAUCGUUCACGUCAGAACGCACUUAAAAGCUUUAGAGAUACUAGAGCUUCCGGUUGAUAAGUGGGACGAGCUUCUCAUACACCUGUUAAAGAAUAGGAUGGAUUACAAUACACAGAAGAGUUGGGAAGAAGAAACCAAAAAGGACAAGGAAAAUCGACCUACGUUGGAGAACUUUCUGACUUUUCUCAAUGAGCAAGUACGAACGCUUGAGAUAAUUGACAAGACCAAGGGAAAGUCGGAAGCAUCAAAGACGUCAGCAGGGAAAAAACAAGAAAGAAAAGUAGCUUUGGCAACCACCUCUCAAGAAGGUUGUGUCCUCUGCAGCAAGAAUCAUCAGUUGUACCGAUGCUCGGAUUUUUUGCAGCUAUCGAGUGCUGACAGAUUAAAGGAGGUGAAAGCGAAGAAACUGUGUAUGAACUGCUUAAGCAAAGGACACUUUUCCGCGGCUUGUAAAUCUUCAGCAUGCCGGAGGUGCCAGAAGAAGCACAAUACCCUGUUGCAUCCAGAGCAAGAAGAGAAGACUGCAACCGAUAAGAAGUCAGAAGAGGACGCGUCCAAGAAGGCAGUGGUAAUGCACGGCACUCAAGAAACCUUGCAAGAUACUGAAGAGUCAUCUUCUGUAAUCAACCUUGGAAGAAAACCCACGUCGUGCGUGGUGCUGUCAACGGCCCGAGUUAUAGUCCAUGACGUCAAUGGAGGCCAGCACAAAUGCCGUGCACUUCUAGAUGCAGGGUCGCAAUCCAAUUUGAUCACCCAGGAACUCGUCGACAGGCUCAGAUUGAAAUGUAAAAGGAGAGACGAAGUCAUCAGUGGGAUCAACCGAUCACAAACCAAUGUCGGUAAGACAGUAGAAGUAAAAAUCCGAUCGACGAACGCGGAUUAUGAGGUAGAAUGUCUCGUGCUGCCUGCCAUUACUGAAAGACUUCCUCAAGUCAAAAUCAAUACUAAACUGAUUUGCUUGCCGGAGGGUUUGAGCCUAGCAGAUCCUGAUUUCCACACGCCAGGAACAGUGGAUAUUCUAAUAGGAGCAGGACUUUUCUGGCAAUUAAUCUGCAAGGAUUAUAUUCAAAGACCAAAGGGAAUACCCAGAUUACAACCGCAGUUAGAACGCUUUUGGAAGCAAGAGGAGACGCUCGAAAAACGGAGUCUCACCCAAGAAGAGAUUGAGUGUGAACGGCAGUUCCAUGAGUCGGUCAAGCGAGAUGAAACUGGUAGGUUCAUCGUAACACUUCCGAAGAAACCCGGAGUGAAACUCGGCGAUCCAGAGAAUCAAGCAUUGUAG